AGCGACGACCCCGCGGCGUCAGCCCGGCCGGGGAGCGGCGCCGCGUGACCCGAGGCCACGUGAUGCCGAGUGGGGCGGGGCCGCCGGCGCCGGGUCUGCAGCCGCCGCGGGAGGUGGACGCGACAAGAUGAAGCUCAUCAUUCUGGACCAUUAUUCUCAGGCCAAUGAAUGGGCAGCCAAAUAUAUCAGGAACCGCAUCAUCCAGUUUAACCCAGGGCCCGACAAGUACUUCACCCUGGGGCUCCCCACUGGGGGCACCCCGAUUGGCUGCUACCAGAAGCUGAUUGAGUACUGUAAGAACGGAGACCUGUCCUUCAAAUAUGUGAAGACCUUCAACAUGGAUGAGUAUGUGGGCCUUCCUCGAGAAAACCCGGAGAGUUACCACUCCUUCAUGUGGAACAACUUCUUCAAGCAUAUUGACAUCCACCCAGAAAACACUCACAUUCUGGAUGGGAACGCAGCUGACCUGCAGGCCGAGUGUGACGCCUUUGAAGAGAAGAUCAAGGCUGCGGGUGGGAUUGAGCUGUUUGUCGGAGGCAUCGGCCCUGACGGACACAUUGCCUUCAACGAGCCGGGCUCCAGUCUGGUGUCCAGAACCCGUGUGAAGACCCUGGCCAUGGACACCAUCCUGGCCAAUGCCAGGUUCUUUGAUGGCGAUCUCACCAGGGUGCCCACCAUGGCCCUGACGGUGGGCGUGGGCACUCUCAUGGAAGCCAGGGAGGUGAUGAUCCUCAUCACAGGCGCUCACAAGGCGUUCGCUCUGUACAAGGCCAUCGAGGAGGGAGUGAGCCACAUGUGGACCGUGUCCGCCUUCCAGCAGCACCCCUGCACGGUGUUUGUGUGCGACGAGGACGCCACCCUGGAGCUCAAAGUGAAGACUGUCAACUAUUUCAAAGGUUUAAUGCUUGUUCAUAACAAGUUGGUGGACCCGUUGUACAGCAUCAAAGAGAAAGAAACGGAAAAGAGAGAGUCUUCUGAGAAACCGUACGGUGAUUAGCCUGCUGAUCCUACAUCAGGAAUCCGGCGCCAAGACGGCACAUCGGACGCCUCUCCAGUUGCCUGCCCUCCUUUCCCCGCUUACCUGCCCAGCCUUCUGAGUCUUUCAGGCUCAUGUGGCAUGUCUGACAUCCCCAGAUCAGAAAUACAGCCGUUGUCCCCCUUUAUCCUUCACCCUGCUCAUGAGAUGAGUCUGUUGCUCUUCCUUUUAUUCUUAAGCCUUAUUGGAGUGGACGCUGCCGCCGGCUCCCUCUGUUGUGCCUGUUGAAGCUGCUGCCGCCUCUAUUCUCUGGGGAAGACCUAUCAGAGCCUGGCUCAGGCCACUCUCAAAGUGCUGUUUGGUACCAGUGUUUUACCUUUGGCCUUUACAUGUGAUUGUGCUGUCAUUCUGUUUUAGGCUAAUGAAUCAGUGGAACUGUUUACAACGUGAUUAUUUUCUAUUAAAUCUAGUAUUUUCAAAUAAAA